GCUCUGCUCACAGCGGUCCCGUUAUCUGCCAGUUCAACCGCCCUCGACCUGAAGCAGCGUCCCGGGAUGAGGCGAAAGAGAAAAGAAGAAGCAGGCGUUCAUCACGAAACCUCGACGAAAUCCACCUGCGGGAUUUGGAAAAUGAUUUUAACGCCUCCGUGGUGGAUUGUUGUCGUUGUUCUGACAGUUGUCCUCCCUCCUUGCUCGGGGGUUCAUGUGUUUGUGAGAGAUGACAAGAGACACGCUGUGCUGUUCCAGUCGGUGGUCCUGCCAUGCCAGUACAACAGCGUGUCCACCCAGACCCCCGUGGUGCAGUGGGUCUACAAGUCAUACUGCCGCGAUCGCACGCGGGAUUCAUUCAGCUUAACUGACAGCCUGAGUGGAGGCCUGGGAAGAGGUGGGCUCACGGGAGGAACCGGAGGAGUCGGUGGAGGGUACGAGACGGGGAUGACGGCGAGCUACCUCGACUGCGCUGAUAGCAGCCGGACGGUUCGAACGGUGGCGUCCAUCUCUGGUGCCUCAAUCACGCUGUCAGAGUACUACAAGAACAGAGACAUCUCCAUCAUCAACAAGGCAGACCUGCGCAUAGGAGAGGUCCAGUGGGGAGACAGUGGUGUUUACAUCUGUAAAGUGGUUAUAUCUGAUGAUUUGGAGGGACCAAACGAAGCCUCUGUGGAGCUGCUGGUUCUUGGUUUCUCAGGUGUGCCUGAAGAUCUCCUGCCAGACUUUGAUUUGAAGAUUAUGCCAGAGUGGGUGUUUGUGGCAGCGGUGGCACUCGGCAGCAUCUUAUUCCUGCUCUUGGUCGGCGUUUGUUGGUGUCAGUGUUGUCCUCACUCCUGCUGCUGCUACGUCAGCUGUUGGUGUUGCCCUGACACAUGCUGCUGCCCUCGACACCUAUACGAGGCAGGUAAGGGUAUAAAGACGGGCACCUCCACCCCUCAAUCACCUGCCUACCCUCCGUACUUUGUCACUGGUGUCCCUACGAUGGUUCCCAUCGCCCCCCCGUCCCUGGUGGACAAGAUGUCUUCUGUCCCCGCUUCGGAUGGCAGCCUACUCACAGCAAUGCCCAUGCAUGCUGUAGGGGUUCCCUACCGCGUGCCGUCCCCUCAGGAUCAGGACUCUCUCAGGGUGCUACAGUAUGUAGAGAAACAGCUGGCUCACUUCAACCCUGCCAGGUCCAUCAGCCACCAGUCCUGCAGUAUGUCUGAGCUGAGCUCCCUCCAUGAGGGAGAAACCGGCUUUCGCCAAACAUACAGAAACGUCCAGAAGAAAGCACUCCCUGCCAUUCCAGACCACGACCCUCCGCCUGAAACCCAACGCUACCGAGACAACCGAAGCCCAGAGCCGCAGCGUUACCGCGACAAUCCCCCUUCACCGCAACGAUAUCGUGAGGACCCUGACUCGGAGCCUCGGCGCUGCCAGGAGGAGCCCCUUCCUCCACGCCGGUACAGCGAUGACCCUCCAUCCUCCUCUCAGUCACGCAGGCCCGGACGAAAUCAACGGCAACAGAAUCACAGCGAGGAGGAAAAACCCAACAGGUGGAACCCUCGUUCAGAGCAUCUGCAUAGAAAGACGUACCGUACUGCAGGACGAACCGGCUCACUGGAUGAACUGGAGGAGUUUGCUGCCACUUACAAGCAGAGAGGAGGCAGAGCUGCAGAGAAAAGAGAAGAAGACAGGGGAGACUAUGACAUGGAGCUUCUGGAGUUCAGUCGAUACCCUUCCUACAGGGAUUGUCCUGCUCAGCAUUAUUACAAUGAUGAAAAUGAGCUUGAAGACAGCAGCGACCGCGAAGAUCAUCCCAGACGAAACAGGAAAAACGGACACGCCAUAAGUCCACUGCAAUCACCCAAAAAGAGGAGUAGCACUUGGGACAGCGAGCGCCCCGUCCCACCUCCUCCCAGAGUCAGUCCACCAUCUACUUCUUCUCAAGAGAGGGAUUAUGAUGGCACGUUCCUAAACAGCCUGCUUGAGCGUAAGGCCAAGUUGCGAGGGGUCGGCCAGGGCACGAUUGGGACCCGGGGUGAGGGUGAUUCAGACACACCCUCGAAGAGCAGCUCAAAAAAAAGCAGCGGGGAAUCUAGCCGGCACUGCAGCCGCUCUCCUAGUAACAGACCUGAGGUGGAGUCACUGCCUCCUUAUACAGAGACAGAGCGAAGCAGACCUGACAGGCCGUCUGCACGGCCGCCCCCAGCAAGCGUUCGCUCGCCUCAGCCUCCUGCUCAUUCCCUGCCCGGGCGCAGAGAGGAACCCAGAGACAAGAGCCGCAAAGUGAGCACUCUUCUCAGCCGGGAUUCCCUAAUCGUCUGAAAGCCGCUCAAACUGAGCACUUAGAACAGACUCUGCAUAAACUGUAUGUCAGCUGGUGACAGAAAUGUCUUUGAGUGUGGAUUUAUGUAAAGAACAGCAAACUUUGAAGGAAAGCUGAAUGAAGACAUGGACUACAGACUUUUACUAUCGGGGCUGUCACUGGGGUUCCUGCCUGUGACGUCGCUGAAUGAUGAAGUCACCCCUGUUCAGUUUCUGUCACCGGCUGCCUCAUAUGUGUCUUGGCUGGACUUACACUGAACCGAUGUAGACUGGGUGUAUGACCUGGACUGUCCUGCCCAGCAGGACACUGUUUGUCUCCCAUCGUCUCUAUAGAAAAGGCUCUGAGACGGAGAGACUUGCUUUACGCUUCCAGCACAAUGAGCGCAUUCAUUUCCAUUUGAUGAGAUAUCUGCAUUUUAAAGAGCUCAGUGGUCGAACAGAAGGUAUAUGACAACACCAUUAUUGUACGGGACAUAUUGUAGCUUCACUUGUGUCAUUCAGUAACAUAUUCAGGGACUAAAGGGCCUAAUUCACUAGGCUUUUGCGAGGAGAUUUUAAUGUUGACUAACGCUUGAAUUAGUAACUAGUAUGACCAAAUGUUGAUAUGAUAUGUAUCUAAAGUGGACAAAAUAAUGCAGACAGGGAAAAUGCUGGUAACUCUUAAAUGUUUCAAGUGUCACUGGUGCUGACUGUUGUUCAGUUAUGCAGUUCUGCAUGACAGUAAAGUGUUACUACAGCAAGGCAACAACAGAUGCUUGCACCUAUUUGUUUUAAUCCUCUGUACCUUUAAACAGGUACUUGUGGGGAGAGUCUCUGUGUGUGGUGGGCUUGUCUCAUCUUGAAUAACUCAGGCAGACUAUUUUUCUCUGAUUCCUGUAACCUUGCUGCAGUGCUUCAUGGUCAAGUUAAGAGCUUGAUAGGCAGUUUGUCUUUCUGCUGUUUGGCAGGUAAAAGCUGUGGAGCAUUUGUUCCAAAUUUAAACUAAAAUGAAAGUGAAUAUUUGACUUUGGACGUGAAUGCAUCAGGUGGACAGAAUCACAACUUCAAAUGAAAUAUUAUAUUGCUAUGUAAGUGCUGGAUGUGUAAAUAAGCAACUGUUUGCCAUAAAACUCCCCCUAACAGAAGGUGAUAAUAUCCCAGCGUGUUUACAGCUUUUUCUAUUGCUGCUGUGUGGCCUGAAACCAACUAAUAAAUGACCUUAAUGACCUGUAAAUGACCUUUUCUCAGCUAGAAAAUAAUUCAGUCAAUUGAUUAGAUGUUUAGUGGUUUAUAGUUAAGGGAAGUUUUUUAGGCAUAACACAAGAUGGGAGAGGAUUUCUAAAGAAGUUAAAUGAAUUUGUGCCCAAACUGAAGAAGUGCCAGUCAUAAAUGCAUUUGGUUAUUAAGGAUCAUUUUGAAAUUCAUGACAACAUGCAGUGUAAACCAAAACUGUACCAGAUUGAUAUGGGUAAGGAGUAAUACUGCAGCCUGGCCUCUGACCCUGUAUGACCCACAUGUGUUGCAGCAUUGCUGUGAUGAUUUUCAAGUCACGGUCCUCAUUCAUGAAGCUGUAACAUUAUCUUAUCUCCACCAUGUGUGUCAGUGGAGCUUUUCAUCUUCUAUGAAAACAUGUUAGAUUGCACAAAGUAACUAUUUUCUCCAAGGGACUGAAAAAAACCUGAAGACAUUUUGUAUAUUUUUUUUAAACAUUUAAGGUGUUUAACAGCCUUUAAAACUUGUUUGUACUACAUAGUGAAAACAUUUUAUAUGUAAACUCGACCUAUUUAUGUGUGCAGUGUGAUACGAUUGCUGUAAUUUGUAAACGAUUAUGUUUGUCUAUGCUUUCUGUGUACAUAAGAUGAAGUGUCUUUGAUUUGACUACAGUAAUUUAGCCUUUUCUUAUCGCUGCUGGGUCAACAGCUGAACCAGCACCUUCAUGUGUUAUCAGCAGCAGUCACACACACAUGCACAAAGGAAAACACACAUUAGCGUACUGAUUCUCUAUCAGUCGUGUUACUUGUUUUGUCUAAUAUUACACCAUGCAGUAUUUUGAGCAUGUCUCGAGAAAAGUCUAAUGUCAGUGUUUAAUUUUCUAUUUUCUUUCAUUGCGUUUUCUGCUGUCUGGUACUGACAAGUGUGUAUGUGUGUGUGUGUGUGUGUGUGUGUGUGUGUGUGUGUGUGUGUGUGUGUGUGUGUGUGAGAGAGAGAGAGAGAGAUGAGUCUUUACUUUUCUGUAAAGGAGACAAUGUGUAAUUGAGUAUGACUCAUGUCUUUGUUCAUUGUUUUAAUCACAGACUGACUGCCUGUCUUUACUGCACAGCUGUGUCAAAAGUCACAUAUCACUUCUGCCAGCUCAGCCACAGUUAUCUGUGUCGCAGUUGUUCUGUCGUCCACAUAAAUAAUUUCUUACAACACUUAA